UUAUUAUUAUAUCACAUUGAUUUUUUUAAAAUAGCCUCUAUAAUACAACUGCAUAACAAACCUCCUGAUAUUCAUAUUUCUGUGAUCCACUAUGCUACCUGUUGGAAAUUUAUCUGGCAGAGGAGAUUGUAUAUUACGAUAUAAAUUUGAUUUAUGUAUUUAAGAAGUAAACUAUAAUGUAUUUCAGCACCAUUUUUGCUCAUGUUCAAGACAUUCUGAAUGUCUCCUUUAUGUUAUUUUUUUCUUGGGGUGGUGUAUGAAUGCAUGUAUGGUAAAUAUUAAAGGGGACACAUGCUUAUCUGCCACUGUGAAGGUUAGCAGAAAAUUAAAGUGUAGUACACCCCUUUGUCCAGAUGAGGUUGCUGAGUCCACACUAUAAUCCAGCACUGGUAUUGCUUCCUCUAUUUUUUUUUUUCCUGAGCUGGCAAAUAAGUUGACUUUAAGCUGCUCGUUUUAUGAAAGCUAACAGACACAGAAGCACCGUCAACUGACCUGCGUUAGCAUCUUUAGCUAGCUCGUUAGCUACACGGCUAUAGCUUCGCUUCAUGUCAACGCGUCGCUUUUCACUCAUAAGUCUCCACCAUAUUUACUGUGAAAACAUACCGGUUACUAACGUUUAGUUUGUUCCGUUCGCCAUGGACGAGCCGGACACGGCGGCAAUACUCCCCGGAGAUGUCCUCGACGCCGCAUCAAAUGACGACCAACUGUCCGACACGCUCGACCACAAAAAGGAGGCCGGUGAGCCAACGUCCAGCUCCGUCCGCCCACCGUUUACAUGCUGGCUGCCGGUGUCUGUGGAGCCGGUGAUGUUCCUCUCCAUGUUCUCUCUGGCCCUGCAGAAUCCUCUGUCCACCCAGUAUCUGUGGGACCGAAUCAGUGAGGACCUCGGCUACAACGGCUCCAAGAGGUCGGAGUGCGGCAACACCUCCUUGCCCCCCGACCCGCUCCAGAAGGAGGUAGAAACCUUAACAGCCCACUGGAACCUCUACAUCAAUCUGGGAGGCUUUUCUGUUGGUCUGCUGGUGGUUCCUCUCCUGGGCUCAUGGAGCGACUUCGCAGGCCGCAGACCAGUCCUCAUCUUCCCCAACCUGGGCCUGGCCCUGCAGGCGGUGGUUUACCUAGUGGUGAUGUACCUCAAGCUGCCUGUGGUCUACUUUCUGCUGGGCAGGCUGCUCGGUGGCCUUUCAGGUGAUUUUAAUGCCAUCCUGGCCGGCUGCUUCGCAUAUGUGGCCGACACCAGUGACAGGCGGUCUCGCACCUUCAGGGUGGCAAUAUUGGAGGCCUGUCUGGGUCUUUCAGGCAUGCUGGCAAGCAUCAUCGGAGGACAGUGGAGGCGGGCACAAGGUUACAUCAACCCCUUCUGGCUGGUCCUGGCUACCAACUUGGCUUCAGCUCUGUACACUUACCUGUUCGUCUGCGAGUCUGUCUCCCAAGUCCCGACUGCCAAGCUGUUCUCCACUCACCACCACAAAGCUGUCUGGCACCUCUACUCAACGGGAGGCAGCAGCAACGAGUCUGGUGGAGGGUUUCACAGAUGCAAGCUGUGGCUUUACACGCUGUGCUUCUUUCUGGUGGUGAUGGUUCAUUUCGGCGUCAGAGACCUGUACAUAUUGUAUGAGCUGAGCUCACCGCUGUGCUGGGGGUCGGAGCUCAUUGGCUUUGGAUCAGCUGCUCUGAACCUGGGCUACCUGACCAGUCUGCUGGGGCUGAAGAUCAUGCAGUGCUGUCUGGAGGACUCCUGGGUGGCUCUCGUGGGUCUGGCCUCAAACAUCAUUGGGCUUAUUGUGUUUUCUGUAGCUGACACCACGGAGCUCAUGUUCACAGGUUAUGGUCUGUCUUUCCUCUUCAUGACUUCGACGCCUGUGCUCAGGUCAAAGCUGUCCAAGCUGGUGGAUCCAUCAGAGCAAGGUGCCCUGUUUGCCUCUGUGGCCUGUGUGGAGAGCUUGUGUUUCCUGGUGGGCAGCGGGAUCUUUAACUCCCUCUAUCCAGCCACCCUGCACUUCAUGAAAGGCUUCCCGUUCCUCUUUGCUGCCAUCAUCCUCUUCAUCCCUGUUGGGAUAAUCGGGACCCUGCAAUGUUUAGACCAGAGGAGAAACCAUGCAGACUCCACAGUGUCCUGACCUGUCAGAGAAUGAAAGUUCAUCCUGUUGUGAAUGUACGAGGUGAGCAGGUCUGACACAGAGACAUGCAUCAUGUCUGUCUGUGAUGCUGGGAGACACUUUUGAUCUUGACACGGUGAUGAACAGGUGACUAGUUCCACCAAAGGAUGAAGAAUCAAGCUCCCGACUGACAUUACUGCUCAAACUCUUCUGUCUUACCGAGCCGGUCGAGGUUCUCGCUUCGUCUGGUACUAAAAACUGACAGUCUUCAGUUAUUUUAUCAACACAGUUCUACAAAUGAACACUAUUCAGUACAAUUUUUAACGCUAUUUAGUACGGUUUUUUUUUUUUUUAACACAGCUCACGUGCCAAAGACUGUGCCGCCUUACAUUUCUAUUUUAGAUCAUUUGUGAUGCAGGUGGGGUUCCUGAUUAUUACUUAUUAAUAAGUGAGACACACUUUCUGCUAAUAGUUUCUUACAAAUACUACUAUUCAAACCAGUGUCUUGUUAGUAAACGUUUUCAUUACCGAAAGAAUUCAGAUACACAAAAAGUAUCUGAUUGAUCAAUAUGCAGUUUUCUGUGUGACUGUUUUUGUUUCAUAUAAUGAUGUGCGUUAUGACAAAAGGGACAAAAAGUACAAGUCUUAACUGGAUACUGCAUGUAUUUGUUUGUAGUUUGUGAAAGUUUAAUGUCUGUAUUGUUAGUGUAUAUUGCUGGAUCAAUGUUUGCUGCUUUCCUGUCGAGGACACACUUGAUAAAGAGAUUUUAAUGUCAGUGAAACUUUUACCUGGUUAAAUGCAGGAUAAUAAUGUGCAGAAAUGGACAGCUAAGGAGCUUUUAUUAUGAAAGUGUUGGGUUUAUAUCCAGCUCAGUAGUUUCUAAAAAACAUUCAGUUAUUUCAUUAGAUAACCUAAUGAUGACAUUAUAAUGUUUAGCAGUUUGAAUAAAUCAAACUGACAUUUCAUUUAAGUGUUUAGGUACUUUUGAUUUGUUAGUUAUCACAGCAUUUGUGGCAAGAUUUACCAAAAAUUCAAAAUUCUUAACUCAAAUCUUUUGUUAUACAUAACUGUGAUGUAAUUUUAUUUUGUAUAAUGCUGCUGCUCUUUGAUUUAUGUAGGAGAGACGUUCAGACCAGUGAAAAUAUUCAUUUCUUAAUACUGAAGUAAUAUCACAGAAGGAGGUAUAACUUUACCUGAAAAUCUUAAUCUACCAUGAAGACUGAACUCAACCUGUGUUUGUUUACCAAAAAAGGGACAGAAUGUGAUUCACUAAUGUCAUUAAUUUGAAUGAUACAUAGAAUGAACGAAGCUUGUGUUUUUCUUGAAAUAAGUCUUAGUGACUUGUAUGAGAAUGCACUAUUCUAAACUAAUGACUAAUACAGUAGAAACACAGCUAAAGUUAUUGUAGCACCCGUAUGCAGCCACUCUAUUGAGGUGAUCACCCCCAGAAUGGUGGGUGAUCCAGAAACUACUAAAUAAAUAAUAGAUAUCAAAAUAAUGAGUUCCAGAGAAAGUUUUUCUUUUUGGCCAAAUGAACUAAAGAGAGGUCGGAUUUAAUACAACACAAACAUAUAUAUACAUACACAACCAGUAAGUCAAGAAAACGUAAAAAGAAAUAACUUUCCCAAAAACUAAUUGUCUGUUCAGAUAGGUGACCCCGGGUGGUCCUAAUGACCAGUUCUGAUGUUAAACUAAAUCCUUCUCUCUCACAAUAAACAGCAAUAUUUCCCUUUCAGUUUAUCCCACCGUUUCAAAACCCACAAAGUCAAUACAAUAGAAUUAUGCUCUAUGAACACUCACUCAGGUGCACACACCCAUACACACACAUGGCCAAGUCUACUCACUGUCCCGUGUUCAGUCCGAAAUGACAACACGUUGCAACGCUGUUUGGUCCACAAAACAUUGCGGUGAAACAGCGCUCACAAAAACAUUAAGUGCGGUGAAACGCUCCAAUCUGACGGUGGCUAGCGUUAGCCGCUAGCCUCCUAUCGAGCUGCUCACACACUGCUCCCGCAGUCGGUUUAGUCAAAAACGCUUUAGAUGUGUGUUGUGUAAUUUUUGGUCACUGCUGAAUCACUGUCGGCUUUUAGGUGUGCAGAGGAGUUUUUUUUUUUGUUUGUUUUUUGUUUUUACUGAAUCGUGCUGCUACAAACUGUUUUUACGGUGAUUUCUUUUUUUUAAAAUGAGACAUCUAGAACAAAAUGAUUUUGAUGAAAUAUUACAAUUAGAAUUUUUUUAAAUGAGCCCCAUUUUUACCAGUGAAAUUAUGUACACACUAAUGCAUCUGCUAACAAUCCAAUAAUUUACAUUAUUAUCAAAUAAGUCACUCUGCAUAAUGAGUACUUCAGCAUUUAGGAUUGAAAUAUAUUUUAAUGCUGAUAUUUUUUGUGCAUUCAUGCAAAUAUAGUUUUGAAUACAGGCUUUGUACAUGUGACAUUUGUACACUGGUAUUUUAUUUUUACUUUCUAAAAGAUCUGAAUACUCUGCUGAUUUCACUGGAGAGUCAUCCAUGUUAACAUCAAGGCCAAACCUGUUUGUGGACAUAUUAAAUAAAACCCUCAAACAGCGAAGUCAGUAUAAGUCAUAUUGUCACUCUAAGCUGUGCAAAACGUGUCCAAACCCAGCUCUUAGUGAUCCACAGCACAGAGUGAAACUGUAGAGGCAGCAGGAUUUAUUGAGUUUCAUCUUUACCCCCCUUCCUCUUUAAAUAAAACACACGACACAGACCAAACUCCCUGAAGAUCCCCCCCGCCCUCCUCAACACCGGAGAGUCCCAAAGCACAGAAACACAGCCAACAUGAACACAGGGGUCACGACCCAGCGCCACAGUGAAACAACACAAAACCAAAUCUGCUUUAAAAUGCACCAAGGGAAGUUAGAAGGGGGGUGGCAUGGCUCAGUGGGUAGAGUGGCCGUCUUGUAACUGGAAGGUUGCCGGUUUGAUCCUCUGCUCGUCGAGCUCAUGUCGAGGUGUCCCUGAGCAAGACACCUAACCCCUAAUUGCUCCUGGUGGGUUGUGGUUAGCGCCUUGCAUGGCAGCUCCCGCCAUCAGUGUGUGAAUGGGUAAAUGUGACAUAUCAUGUAAAGCACUUUGGAUAAAAGUGCUAUAUAAAUACAACCAUUUACCAUUUUAGAAGGUUAAGUGAAGUAUUGAGCUACAGUGAACUGAUCAACAUGAAGAUUAUUGGUGACAUUUGACUGCAGUUUGGUUGGAUAAUGUGGUCAAAGCCAUGAUGUUAUGUAACAAAACUGAACAACAAAGCUGUCUAACCUUCAUCAUAAUCAAAAUAUGGAUCAUUUUGAAAAGUUUGUGAAAAAUACGAUGCAUAAUUCAUUUCUGUUUGUAUGCCACAUUUAAGUGGGCAAAAUAAACAUGAAGAAUUUCA